AAUAAUCUAAAAUUGAAAAAACAGAGUUGUAUUGUGUUCUUGGUGGUGAGUGGGAAUUGCGAAAUCGAGGGCUUUUCCUCUCUCUCUCUCCAAAUACUCUCUAUACGGUUGCCUGCAAGAUUGAUAACAUGGAUCGCGGAGUUGUAUUGUUGAAUUGAGGCUCGUAGGUUUUUGCAGUUUCCGGGUACGUUUUCAUCGAUUUAUCGUCAUUGGAUUGCGUGCGUUUCAGAAUUCCCAGAUCUUGUUUUCUGUUUUGGUUAUUGAACCUUGUACUGGAGGUUCAGUUUUCAAGGGAGCAGUAGCUUCGAGAGUUUUUGUUCUGGAUCUCGAGGUUUAGCUUGACGUUGAGGUUAGGAAUUGCGAGAGGUGAAAUCUGAGGUUGAUUCAGCGUGUUUUUGUGGGAUCGAGGAUAAUCUGUGAAGGGUUAGGGUUUUAGGUCGAUGGCUUCGAAUCCUCCAUUUCACUUGGAGGAUCAGACGGAUGAGGAUUUCUUUGAUAAACUGGUUGAGGAUGACAUGGAGCCUAUUAAUUCUGGCCAUGAUGAAGGGGAUGAUGAUUCGGAUGAGGCUAAAGCAUUUGCAAAUCUGGGAAUCAGUGAUGUUGAUGCUACUACUGUAUUUGAGAAUUCUGAUGUUGGUGAGAGUGAGGUUGAAGUCAAAGGGGAAUUGGGUACUGUGGAAUCCGAUGUGAGACUUGAAGAGGAGGGGAAUUCUGUACCCUCCUCUAGUUCAGCUGGAUUUGAUAGUAAGGUGGAUCCCAGUCAUGAUGGGAUUGGGGUGAGAUCGGAAAUUACGUCUUCUUCAGCUGUUGGCACAAGUGAUAAAGUUGGUAGUUCUGGGGUUAAGGAGGUGGGUUGGAAUUCUUUUCAUGCUGAUUUGAAUGGAGGUGAUGGGUUUGGAUCGUAUUCUGACUUUUUCAGUGAGUUGGGAGAUCAGUCUGGAAAUGUUCAAGGGAGCGUGUAUGAUAAUUUAAGUAGUGAGGUGAAGCCAGGUAAUGAAGUUCAAAAUGUUGGCUUAAAUUCCUCAGGUAAUUAUGUGCAAUAUCAGGAGGGUGAAGGUUAUGAAGCAUCCGUAGAAAGCCACUCAAACAGGCAAGGUGAUGACUUAAAUGCUUCAGUAAAUCAUGUACAAUAUCAAGAGGGUCAGAAUCAUGUUGCAUCCUCAGAAGAUCACACAAAUGGACAAGAUCUGAGCAGUAGCCAGUACUGGGAGGAUCUUUAUCCUGGCUGGAAAUAUGAUCACAACAGUGGGCAAUGGUAUCAAAUUGAUGGCUAUAGUGCAACAACCACUACUCAGCAAAGCUCUGAAGCCAAUGUAUCUGCAGAUUGGACUGCUGCUUCUGCUGGAAAAACAGAAAUCUCUUACAUGCAGCAAACUGCUCAAUCUAUCGCUGAAACUUUAGCUGAAACUGGCACAACUGGAAAUGUGUCUAGCUGGAGUCAGGUUUCACAAGGGAACAAUGGGUAUCCAGAGUAUAUGGUUUUUGAUCCUCAGUAUCCUGGUUGGUAUUAUGACACAAAUGCCCAAGAAUGGCGUUCAUUAGAAACUUACAAUUCAACUGUCCAGCCUUCUGGUCUUGGACAAGAAAAUGGGCAUGCUUCUAUCAGUACUUUCUUGCCCAAUGAUAAUAGUUUGUAUAGUGAAUACGGCCAAGCUGAUAAGUAUGUACAGCAGAGCUUUGAUAGCCAGGCUAUAGAUGGCAGCUGGAGUGGUUCAUAUGGCACUAACCAUCAGCAAGGUUUUGACAUGUAUACAACUGGAACUGCUUCAAAAGGGGAUAAAAUAAGUUCUGGGGGCAACCAACAAAUUCAUCAUUCUUAUGGUCCAAGUAUUUCUGAGAACAAAGAUCAACAGCAUACUUCUAGUUCUUUUGGAUCAGCUACAUUGUACAAUAAAGUGAACCACAAUCACGGUUUGGCUAAUGGAACUUUUGAACCACGAAGCUAUGGCCCAAGUGGGGACACAGUUCAACAGUUUAAUUAUUCAAGCACCAACAUUGGGGAACAAAAUGUUUUUUCAAAUGAUUUUACUGAAAAAAAAAUUCCCUUUGGUUAUUCUCCGCAAUCAAUUCAAGGUGGGCAUCAGUUUUCACAUGCCCCUCAUGUUGGGAGAUCAUCAGCUGGACGUCCUGCUCAUGCUCUGGUAACUUUUGGAUUUGGAGGAAAACUCAUCAUAAUGAAAGAUCGUGAUCUUUUGAGCUCAUCAUACGGAAGCCAGGAUUCUGUGCAAGGUUCUGUUUCUGUGCUCAACAUGAUAGAAGUUCUCACAGAAAGUAUGGAUUCUUUGAGCACUGGAAAUGGUACCAGUGAUUAUUUCCGUGCUCUGAGCCAGCAAUCUUUCCCAGGUCCAUUGGUUGGCGGGAGUGUUGGAAGUAAGGAACUGUACAAAUGGUUGGAUGAGAGAAUUGCGCAUUUUGAAUCACCUGACUUGGAUUAUAAGAAAGGUGAAAGAUCGAGACUCCUUCUUUCCUUGCUUAAAAUAGCUUGUCAACAUUAUGGGAAGCUACGAUCGCCUUUCGGUACAGACACCCUACUAAAAGAAAAUGAUACUCCUGAAUCUGCAGUUGCAAAACUUUUUGCUUCUUCCAAGACGAGUGGCACACAGUUCCCUCAAUAUGGGACAGCAAGCCAUUGCCUGCAAAAUUUGCCCUCUGAAGGACAAAUGAGGGCAAUGGCUCUUGAGGUUCAAAAUCUUCUUGUCUCUGGGAGAAAGAAGGAGGCUUUACAAUGUGCGCAAGAGGGACAAUUGUGGGGACCGGCACUUGUUCUUGCCUCACAACUUGGUGAUCAGUUCUAUGUUGAUACAGUGAAGCAAAUGGCACUACGCCAGCUGGUUGCAGGGUCACCUUUGCGCACAUUAUGCCUUCUAAUUGCUGGGCAACCAGCUGAAGUAUUCUCUGUCGAUUCCUCAAUUAAUGGGCACCCUGGUGCUUCUAACAUGGCCCAGGUGUCAGCACAGGUCGAGUCUAAUGGUAUGCUUGACGAUUGGGAGGAGAAUCUGGCUGUAAUAACUGCAAACAGAACCAAAGGUGAUGAACUUGUAAUUAUUCACCUGGGUGAUUGUUUGUGGAAGGAAAGAAGUGAGAUUACUGCUGCACACAUCUGCUAUUUAGUUGCUGAAGCAAACUUUGAGUCAUACUCAGAUAGUGCAAGACUCUGUCUAAUAGGAGCAGACCACUGGAAAUCUCCUCGAACAUAUGCUACUCCAGAGGCUAUCCAGAGGACCGAGUUGUAUGAAUAUUCAAAAGUGCUUGGAAACUCUCAGUUUACUUUGCAUCCAUUUCAGCCGUAUAAGCUUAUAUAUGCAUAUAUGCUAGCUGAACUGGGGAAGGUUUCAGACUCGUUGAAGUACUGCCAAGCACUACUGAAAUCCUUGAAAACUGGCCGUGCUCCAGAAGUAGAAACAUGGAAACAAUUAGCAUUAUCUCUCGAGGAGAGGAUUAGAACUCACCAACAGGGUGGAUAUGCAGCAAAUAUGGCUCCUGCAAAAUUAGUUGGCAAACUGCUCAACUUUUUUGAUAGCACUGCUCAUCGAGUUGUCGGUGGUUUACCUCCACCUGCUCCAACAUCAUCUCAAGGAACUUUUCAUGGAAGUGAACAACAUUACCAACAGAUUGCACCUAGAGUACCCUCUAGUCAAUCCACAAUGGCUGUGUCAUCCUUAGUUCCAUCUGCUUCGAUGGAACCUAUAAGUGAGUGGACAGCUGACAAUAAUAGAAUGACAAAGCCUAAUAGAAGUGUUUCUGAGCCAGAUAUUGGUAGAAUCCCUAGACAGGAAAUGACCUCACCUGAUGCACAAGGGAAGGCACAGGCAUCAGGGGGUACUUCCCGCUUUUCACGCUUUGGCUUUGGCUCACAACUUUUGCAAAAGACAGUUGGGCUAGUCUUGAAACCUCGCCCUGGUCGGCAGGCUAAAUUGGGUGAGAAAAACAAGUUCUAUUAUGAUGAGAAGCUGAAGAGAUGGGUGGAGGAAGGUGCGGAACUUCCAGCUGAAGAAGCUGCACUGCCUCCACCACCACCAACUGCUGCUUUCCAGAAUGGGUCAACUGAAUACAACUUGAAAUCUGCAUUGAAGACUGAAAGUUCACCUCCUUUCGAGGGAUCAAACACAAGAACAUCUACCUCUGAACUGAGUCCAGGGAUGCCACCAAUACCACCCACCUCAAAUCAAUUCUCUGCCCGGGGUCGAUUGGGUGUUCGAUCAAGGUAUGUUGACACCUUCAACCAAGGUGGUGGAAACUCUGCAAACCUGUUUCAAUCCCCUUCUGUUCCAUCCGUUAAACCGGCUCUUGCUGCCAAUGCAAAGUUUUUCGUUCCUAGUCCUGCACCAUCGUCAAAUGAGCAGGCAAUGGGGGCGAUAGCAGAAAGCAAUCAAGAAGAUAGUGCAACAAAUGUAGAUCCUUCAACAACAUCUGCCACAAAUGAGUGGUCAUACCAAGGCCCUCCCGCACAUGUAUCGGCAACAGCCAUUCAGAGGUUUCCGAGCUUGGGUAACAUCCCAAAACAGGGAGCGACAGAAGGAAUUAACUCUCAUUUUUCUAAUUCACGCCGAGCAGCUUCAUGGAGUGGGAGUCCUAAUGAUUCAUUUAGCCCUCCAAAUUCAGGCAAUAUUAGGCCUUUAGAUGCCUCAAGAUUUAUGCCCAAUGAAUCUUCAAUGCACACUCCAGCAAGAAAUAGCAGUUAUGGAGAAGAUCUUCACGAGGUUGAACUCUGAGCAGAUGCUCAAGCUGUAAAUAUAAUUUUUGUUUUUGAUGAUCGGAAUAGCUUCUCUGGAUGAACGAAACAGUGGUACACACAAGUGGGGUGCACAGAAAGAGAUCAGAGAAUAACAACAGAUAUGUACCCUUUCCUCUUUUCCGUAUUUUUUUAUGUCUCCAACUUCCAACUCCCAACCUGGUGAUGUAUGAUUAAAUGUGGUCGACUGGAGUGUAGAGUAGGUUUUGUUUUUUUGUAUUGUUUUAAAUGCCACGGGAGUUGGCAGUGGACACCGUCUGAGGAUUAUGGAACUGGUGUGCUACAACAAUGGAUAGGACCACCUACUUAGGUGAGUAGUACAACUCAUUUGUUCAUUUUAUUAAACAAGGAAACUCCUCACGAGGAAAGAUCACCUCAACAGUUCAACCAUAAAAGAAUAGUGUACUGAAUUGUGAAAUAUAAUUUUGUUAUAUUCUAUUUCUUUCUUCCAAAUUUGUAUAUGACGACAACAAAAUCCAUAAAAUUUAACUUAUUUAAUCU